CCCUGAUACAGCAGGUUAAGAAGAAGGUAAAGAUAAGUCAUUUAGUAUAAGAGCAAUGCAGUGUAAGGAUAGAAAAAUUGCACAUAGGAAUUGCAAAUUUAAAUUAGUCAUCCAUUAUUUCUUUUGACUCAACCAACAUUAUUGAAUAUCACUUAUAUGCCAGGCCUUGAGAAAAAAAAAAUUACCAGUCAUGGCCUGCCAGCCUAUGGGAGAUCUAAGGGAGGGAAGGGUUUAAGCACAGCUCCCCUCCCCCUCUCCUGAUAGAAGAGGAGAAACAUUAUGAUUCUAUGGCAGUUGAUGGUGGGCUGGAGAGGGCAGUUUAGAGCAGAAAAGGGGCUAAGCCCACUCCAUGCUGGGAAUAGACAACUCUCCUCUGAGACUGAGGCUAACCAGAUUUUGCAGAACUUUCUUCUCUCCAACAUUGCCUGGAGCUGGGUUGAAUGGAUCGCAGCAGUUACCAUUGCUGCUGGGACAGCUGCAAUUGGUUAUCUAGCUUACAAAAGAUUUUAUGUUAAAGAUCAUCGAAAUAAAGCUAUGAUAAACCUUCACAUCCAGAAAGACAACCCCAAGAUAGUACAUGCUUUUGACAUGGAGGAUUUGGGAGAUAAAGCUGUGUACUGCCGUUGUUGGAGGUCCAAAAAGUUCCCAUUCUGUGAUGGGGCUCACACAAAACAUAACGAAGAGACUGGAGACAAUGUGGGCCCUCUGAUCAUCAAGAAAAAAGAAACUUAAAUGGACACUUUUGAUGCUGCAAAUCAGCUUGUCGUGAAGUUACCUGAUUGUUUAAUUAGAAUGACUACCACCUCUGUUUCACCUUCGCUGGAUUCUAAAUGUGGUAUAUUGCAAACUGCAGCUUUCACAUUCAUGGCAUUUGUCUUGUUGAAACAUCGUGGUGCAUAUUUGUUUAAACAAAAAAAAAAAAAAAGGAAAAACCAACCUCAUGGCCUGUGGGUUAUUUUGGUCUUGUAAGGAUCCAUUUCUUUAAAAUACUGACAUAUAGAGUUGUACCUUAUAUAGAAUAUAGUUGUAUCUUGAAGUCAACAUAUUAAAUUAUUCUCAAAAUUA